AUGGAACUUACUUAUUACAGCGUCGAGGGUACUGAUCGGUUUGUCCACCGACUAGGGGAGCUUUACCACACAGGAAUCUUCUCAGACCUCACAAUUCACACCACAGACCAAGCCUUGAAGGUGCACAGACUCGUAGUCUGCGGCCGAUCUGAAACUUUUUGCAGGUUCUUCUCUGAUGUCCCCAGUUUGCAGGAAAGCGAAAAGGCUCAUGUGUUGGAAAUGAAGGACGAACAUCCACGAGUCGUGGAAGCCAUGAUACGCUCGUUCUACGGACUACAUUACGACAUCAACCAAUCCCAUCAAAUGUGCCCCAUUUUGUUCAAUGUCAAGGUAUACGCAAUUGCCGACAAAUUCGAGGUGGAAUAUCUCAAAAUCCAAGCAAAACUAACCUUCGUCACCCUCGCCCAAGACCACUGGAACUCGGACGAAUUCUUGACUGCGGCUUGUGAAGCAUACAAAACAACACCAAAGUCGGAUCGGGGUCUCCGGGAUGUCGUCGUCGCGGUUUGUCAGAAGCAUAGGAAGGAGCUGCGCGAUAGGAAGGCAUUCGAGAAACUAAUUGAAGAGACUCCCGGGCUUGCUACCGAUCUUGUGCUGCUUUCGCACAGGUGGUUGCCUCAGUCUGCAUCUACGAGAGUUCGUCUCGUUCAGUCUUUCUCUUGUCUGUCUUGUUUUGCGAAAUGGCAAAUCCAGGUCGGGUUGGCAGAGUACUUUACUGCAUGUCCGUUUUGCCAGGAUGACAAGGUUGGGGCUUUUUGA